AUGGAGAUCAGUGAAGACGUUGAGAGGAAGGCUUUGCAAGCUAAAUUGGACAAAAUGGUUAAGGACCUGGAGGAGGUUGAGAUGGAGACAGCAAACACAAUUCUUCAUUUGCAGGAAGAGGUUGCUGCCCUUCAGUUUGAACUUGAUGAGAGAUUACACUGCAUGAUUCAGGAAAAUAAGGUACUGAAAAACACCAUUGUAGCUAAAGAGGAUGAGAUAAGGUCAUUGAGUGUGGAGUGGGAAAAGGCAACCUUUGAACUAACAAGAUUCCUCCUAGAUGGUUCUAGAUCCCUUAAAAAUGCCUCCAGCCAAAUAGAAAGUAUUGCUUGUUCAUUUCCUCAAGCUAAUGUUUGUAUUAGUGAAGAUGUCCAGAGGGCUGCCAAAGUUUGCAUGGAAAAGGAAGAAACAAUUGAACUACUACAAAAGAGUUUGGAAGAUGCGCAAAAAAUGGUAACAGAAUUGGGACAGAAGUUAAGUUCCUUGAAGGGAGCAGCAAUUGCUUUAAGCGAACUCCAACAUCUGGAUAAUGAUGAAACCAAAGAGGAAAUUUCCUUCUGCAUGCGGUUGGAUGAGCAGACCAACAUGGUAGAGAUGCUAGAGAGGAAACUUAUAUUCAAGGAAAUUCAGGUCAAAGAAGCAGAAAAUUGUGCCAAUGCUGCAUUCCUUGUAAUAAAAUGGCUUACGGAUCAGAAGGCGACAGAUAAAACAGAGAGAAACAUUCCCAUCUCAAUACUAGGUACACCAGCCGGAAUGGCCAGCCAGAAAAGUUCUGACACAAAAGUAAAUGCUUUAGGACAAGAAGAUGUCAUUACUGAACUUAAGUUGGCCAGGUUAGGAAUAUUGGAGUCUGAGAAUGCUAUCGAAGCAUUUUAUGCAGAUACAGAAAUGCACAUAGUGGCCCUUGAGACCAACAUCAGUGAAGUUUCUGAUGAAUACAAGGAGUUGGUACAAAACUUGGUAAGUGAACUUCGUGAAAUGAGGAAGAAAUAUAUGGAGUUAAGAGAGCAUUCCAAAGUUUCUCAGUUUUGUACAGUUGAGUCGCUAUCAUUAGAAGCACACAAGUAUCUGAAGUCCAAAGAUAUUUAUCACAUGAUUCUUGAAAUAAAAAAUGAGCUCACUGUAGCAAAUGGUAGAUUGAAAAUUACUGAAGAUUUCAUUUACACAAAAGCAAAUGUGUAUGAUUGCCCUUCAGCAGACAAAAGUUUAGAAGAUGAAGAUGAAUGGAGUACUGAUAGUACUACGUCAAGCUGUGAUUCUUCAACCGAAAAUUUUGCUUCUGGAAACAAAUUGUGGGCAUUAGAAGGGCAAACGGGGGACCUGAAAGUUAAAGAAGGCUCAGUACUUCAGUCUGCUGAUCAAGAUCCAGAAGAGUCAAAGUGGGUCUUAAAAACUUUCACGGACUCUAAAGGAGCAACAUUCUGCCUGAAAAAGGAAUUAGAGAUGGCAUUUGAUGCUUUCAACAAACUAUAUGUUAGGCUAGCCACACUCAUUAGCGAGUUGGACAUUGGAGGUGGUUCUCAACCAGCAGGGCUGAAACAACUUGUUCCAUUGUUUGAGUCAGGGACGGAGAGUUCUUAUGGUUGUCAUGCUACAAGAAAGGUAGUUUCUGAUGAGAAGAGUGAUUUUGCUAGUAGCUUCUUAACCAAAUUUGAAGAAGCGCAUGCAACAGUAAAAGAAGCUGAUGUUAUGUUAAAUGCCUUGAUGGAAGCAAAUGAAAAUGCAAAAGAAUUGACUGGUCUGUGGAAGCAAACUGGUGAGGAACUGAUGUUAGAGAAAGCAAGCUUUAUUGAAGAAGUUGAACAUCUCAAAAAUUCAGUACGUUUGAAAGAAAGAGAGAAUGAACUACUGCAGGAUCAAUCUCGUUAUAAUUUGGUGGAGAUAGCAAAAUCAUUGUCUUUGCUUGAAGAGUGUUUUAUGCAAUUAAAAAGUGAAGUGGAGGACAGGUUCAAAGUAUUAUAUGCUGACACUUUUUCUAUGGGAAGGGAGAUACACUGCUUCAUUAGCAAAUCAAGAUCAUUACUAGAAGAAAUAUGCGCUGAGACAUUGGAGAAACAAUUUGCCAUAUUUGUCCUUCAUCAGUGUCUCACAGGAGAGCUGAUCCACAAAAUACCAUGCUUUAACGUUGGAAGUGGUUUCCGCUCCAGCCAACAGCAAGAAGGCCUUUCAAUUACAAACAAACAGCAAGAAAUGUGGUCAAGUUGUGAGGAUGACAUUGCACUUACUAGUAACAUCUCCAAAGACGAUAAUGAUCAAAGUGGAGUCACAAAUUUGAAAGCUGGUGAGCUCAGUUUGUCCCGUGAUAGUUUGAUGCACGAGAAUUUAUCACUGAAGGAAGAACUGCAACGGAAAGAUGCUCUACAGGAGGGCUUGUAUUUUGAUUUUAGAAUGUUGCAUGAAUCAGCAUCCAACACAAUGGAUAUAAAGGAUGAAACUGAAUAG